UGGGGCCGAACAGACGCUAACGUGACCAGCACGCGCACGCAUUCCGUUAAAUGAAGCGUUUUAUAUAUUUAUAUAUAUGUAUGACCCUGCAUGAAGCCGUUGUUCGGAGUGGACUCAUGAACGUGUUUUUUCUUUUCAGUCAAACAGGGACGUUAAAGAUACGGCGGUAAUAAUCUAGCUUGUUUUUUUUUUAUCAUUAUUAUUUAUUCCAAGGCUGAGCGCGUCAAGCAAGCGGAAUUGGCUUCCAUUAUCACUCCAGGCGGCGAUAACACCGAUCUGGACACACUGGGGCGAUGUGAAACGCCGAUAUCGCUCGUUCCUUCCGCGCACCGAGGAAUAAGAUGAGCACCGGGCAGGAUAUGUCUCCCGAUUUUGUCUUGAUGCGCCUGGUGUCUGCGGCCGAGGAGGACCGCCUGGACGCUGAGAACGGCAAUCUCUCUGCGGGCACCGGAGGAGCGGUGCCUGGAUACGCGCAGGACGUCUUGAGUCACGGAAACGUUAAGGGUAAACUGGACUGCGCGCAGAAUCAGCUCUCAGCGGGAAACAAAGCUCCGCAGUGUGCCGGAAGCGAGGCACCUGACGCGGGUGUGAUGGCGAGCAGAGACGCGCUGGCUCUUCCUCCUCCUCCGCUACACUCCGCUCAGGCCCGCGCUUACGAUCUCAGCCACAGACGCGGCAUCGGGCCUCAGCUCUUAGUGUUCCGAAACGUUUCAAGAGACCCCGAUGGAUUGUCCGAAAACAAUGCGGAUGCUUCGAUGGCUUUCGAGGAGCAGACUUCCGAGUCGAGUGGCAGCGCAAAUAACAACAAUGCACCGAGCGCUGGUGAUGCUCAGCAGCAUCAAUACCAUCCUCCAUGGGCGCUGCAUCCUGAGCUGAAGCUGAGCACAGCGCACACGGACAGAGCCGAGCUGUGCCACCGGCAUCGCAUCAUCUCGGAGAAACGCGACUGGCCGCAGCUUGUUGACAAAUCAAACCCGACUGCGGUGUUAGACCCGGCAUGGAGCGUGAGAGCGCAGGAAGAGCUUCGGCUCCCGGACAGGCCUGCUCUGGAGCUCGCGAGGCAGUUCGGGGAGCUGGGACUCGCCCCGGUGCCCGAGUUUUUGCUCAAGGACGGCGAUCUGCAGCACUGCUCGUGCUCCACGACGCCCGGAAUCCGACAAGGCGAAGAUCCAUCCGAGACCAGCGAUGCUCUGCUCGUGCUCGAGGGCCUCGGCUCGGAGGAGGUCAACAAUUCCGAGUCCCAAAACGGUGCCCAGGUGAAAACACAACUCGCGCUCAAAUGUUUCCCAUCGGUCCUCUCGGGCCAGGCGGUCGGGGUCACCGGUGGUCUCUGCUUACCAGCAUGUCGCGACUCACAGCUUUGUUGUUUGUUGCAAGGCUCCCUAUCCAUUAAGGCUCAAUCCAACACGAAUGACAGAGACUGCACACAAUUCCCAUCCUCAUCAUCAUCAGUAGAGCCCGUGCGUUCUGCCAGCGCGAGCUCGAGCCUCGGUUCGAACCCGAGCAUGCAAAGCGCCGGUCCGUCCCGGGUGCCGUAUUCCGAGAAAGCGCUGAAAGUGCCAGCGAAGUCCAGAAAAGGGUCUCUCAAAAUACGUCUGAGCAAACUUUUCAGAACUAAAAGCUGUAGCGGCUCUAAUAAUCUCCUGGAUAAGAGACCGUCGGUGACGUUUUCCAUCUCUUCAGCCGGAAGUCUGGUGGACAUGUCAGGCGUGAGCACCGUGGAGCACGACACUGCCAGCCAACCUGGAUUAACAAGGGCCCAAAGUGCCUUCUCUGGUGCUGCUUUCACUCCUGUUUUCACAGGGGAAACAGUGUCGCUGGUGGAUGUGGACAUCUCACAGCGAGGACGAAACUCUCCUCAUCCCCCAACCCCUCCUCCACCUCCACGCAGAAGUCUCAGCCUGCUAGAUGAUAUAGGCGGGCCACAGCCAGGGCCUUUCCUAGUGAAUGUCAUGGGGGCAUCCCUGCAGUCUCUCCCCCUGCCUCUUCCUCCUCCUCCCCCCCUCCAUGCCACCAUCCAGCAUAGCCUCAGCCUCAAUGAUGCUUUCUUCCGAGCUCUCCCUCAUUCUUCGCCAUCACCAAUUGAGACUCCACCUCCAAUGAGAGUAGCUCCAUCUUCAAAUGUUUGUCCUCUAAGGGGAGUUGAUUCCAGCAGCUUCACAGCGAGUCUGAGAGAAUUGGAGAGGUGUGGCUGGUACUGGGGCCCGAUGAACUGGGAAGACGCGGAACUGAAACUGAAAGGGAAGCCGGAUGGUUCUUUUCUGGUGCGAGACAGUUCAGACCCCCGAUACAUCCUUAGUCUCAGUUUCCGCUCACAAGGAGUUACACACCACACACGCAUGGAGCAUUACAGAGGAACCUUCAGCUUAUGGUGCCAUCCGAAGUUUGAGGACCGCUGCCAUUCUGUGGUGGAGUUCAUCGAACGUGCCAUCAUGCAUUCUAAGAACGGAAAAUUCCUUUACUUUCUGCGGUCACGUGUACCUGGACUCCCACCGACCCCAGUGCAACUUCUGUAUCCAGUAUCCCGCUUCUGUAACGUCAAAUCCCUGCAGCACCUUUGCCGCUUCUGCAUCCGACAGCUUGUCCGCAUAGACCACAUUCAGGAGCUCCCUCUCCCAAAACCCCUCAUUUCCUACCUGAAAAAGUUCUACUAUUAUGACCCAGAGGAAGAGAUGUACCUGUCAAUCAAAGGCAUGCGACAGAUGGCAGGUGUAGAGCAAGAGCCAGAGUCUGAGACAUAACCAGAAAGCCACAUUUGCUGUUUUCUGUGUAUGGAUAACAGAUGGGAUAGUGCAUAGAUGCUUCUGUUGCACAGCUCUGCCCCAAAUUCCCCAUCAGUCUUCCAGCAGAAGCCAAAUGGACGUCAUCAGAAUGGCUGCUUGUUGUGUUAAGUCAAGAUGGGGUAGCGAAAUGCUGGAGUACUGUCCAUAUGAACCUGUCCAGCGAUGAUCUGCCAGGCUUUAGACUUCUGGACAGGCACAGAACUGUGAAAUGAAAUGGAUAGGACUUUUUAAAUGUGAUCUGGAGUUCUGAAAUAACCUCCAUCUGUAGCUCAUGAAAACACUGGACUUUUUACACUGGACACAUUUGUGAAUCGCUUUCCUUUGUUUUUUUGUUUUUUUUUCUUUUUCCUCUUUGUUAUCUUGCACCCCUUAUUAUUUGCCCUUUACCUCAGUUGUACCCUCCUCAGCCUGACUGCAGGCCAUCUUUACAGUAAAACACAGUAAAAAUCAAAA